AUGAAUGCGCUGCCCAUGGGCUGGCUCAAUAGCCCUUACUGGUUUUCUAAGAUCAUGCGUAAUGUCGUGCGUUUUUGGCGCGACCCCCUGGCGGCGGUUGGCGGGGGGCGGCGGCAUCUCUCGCCCACCUUGCCUCCACACCAGUUCUUCCCUUCCGCCCGGUGUGCGCGGCCGGCGCGGUUGGGUGCGCGCGUGUUGCCAUACCUGGACGAUUUCUUGUUUGUUUUCGCGUCCGAGGAGCAUCCCCAGUUGGGUGCACAGUGGGUCAUAGAGAGCAUCGAGUUCCUGGGUUUGUCGUGCCAUCCCACCAAGUGCCAAUGGGAGCCCUCGCAGUCGGUUUACCAUUUGGGCAUUACAGUUAAUACUGCGGAGGGGCUGUUUGAGGUGCCUGCGGACAAGUUAGCCAAGUUGCGUCGGUUAGCAGUGGGGCUCCGGGUUACGGCCAAGAAGAAUCACCGUCUGGUUCAGAAGCACCGUCUGGUUCAGAAGCGUGAGUUGGUGAAGCUGUGUGGUUUUGCUCAGAGUGUGAAGCUCGCCCUCACCCCCGCCCCCCUGUUUCUCCGUAAUUUCUACGAUGAUCUUGUGCAGCCGCAUUGCGCCCACAUUCCCUACGACCUCUAUACCGUCUUUAUUAACGUCGCUAAUGGCUUCAGUGAUUUUUUAUAUCUGCUUUAA